UUCACUCACUGGCAUUACCCCCAAAAGGCAAUUGGCAAUGUAGAAGAGUAUCAGAGUCAACUCUAGUCUGAGACAGCGUGGGGGUGUCAAGUGAUCUUCCUGUGCUGUCCAGAAAAAGGCAAAGCACAUGAUGACGGAUGGCAGUGGUGUCACCAUGAGCCUCCUACCCUGGUCACAUGACAACACAUACAUCAAUUGCUAACCAGGGGUUUUGUUUUGACAGAACACUCCUACAGCAUGCUUCUUUUGGGGCGAAUGUGAGCCACAUCUUUAUGGGCGAGUCCAUCAGCUUUUCAUCAUGCAUGAUUGAGAACAAGUCCUGGCAGUCCUGAAUCUUUAAGCUGUCUUUGUGAUAGGCAACACUUUGAGUCAAAUAAGUUGUAGCUACUGUAGUGUUGUAAUGCCUGCUCCUGGCUUUAUGGAUCAACCCACAUAGAAUUUACUAAGUAGCCACGGCGCCGAUUACUUGUGUUACCAAGUUUGCGUCUAUGGAGCUAGACAUCUCUUCCGUAAAAAUCUACGUCUUUAAGCCCUCCAUGUAGUGUUCUCUCUGUGCUCAGAACGCCACGACGCAAGGGUCCUCGGGUUUCUAACAGACUAGAUAUAAUAUAUAAUGGACUAACUGUUUUGCUACGUAAUUUGUGGAUUUCUCUGAGGUAUGUAUAAUCUGGUGAUGAGUUUUUGCUCUUGUGCUCUUAUAGGUAGUACAUAAUAUGUGUGUGUUGUUUAAUUUUUUGUGUUUAGGCAAAGGAGAUACUCAGCAAUGAGUCAAAUGUCCAAGAGGUUCGAUGUCCGGUCACAGUGUGUGGUGAUGUACACGGCCAGUUUCAUGAUCUGAUGGAACUCUUCAGAAUAGGUGGAAAGUCUCCGGACACCAACUAUCUCUUCAUGGGUGACUAUGUUGACAGAGGGUACUACUCAGUUGAGACAGUGUCACUUCUUGUAGCUCUGAAGGUUCGAUUUCCUAACAGAAUCACCAUUCUGAGAGGAAAUCAUGAGAGCAGGCAAAUUACCCAGGUUUAUGGUUUCUAUGAUGAGUGUCUGCGCAAGUACGGAAACCCUAAUGUAUGGAAGUAUUUCACUGAUCUCUUCGACUAUCUUCCCCUGACUGCACUGGUCGAUGGGCAAAUUUUCUGUCUACACGGGGGCCUGUCGCCAUCUAUUGACACACUUGAUCAUAUCAGAUCUCUGGACCGCCUGCAGGAAGUCCCACAUGAGGGUCCUAUGUGUGAUCUACUGUGGUCAGACCCUGACGACAGAGGCGGCUGGGGAAUCUCUCCCCGAGGAGCUGGCUACACAUUUGGCCAAGACAUCUCAGAAAAUUUCAACCACAACAACAACCUCACUCUCAUCAGCAGGGCUCACCAGUUGGUUAUGGAGGGAUACAACUGGUGUCACGAGAAAAAUGUUGUGACCAUUUUUAGUGCUCCAAACUACUGCUAUCGUUGUGGUAACCAGGCUGCCAUCAUGGAGCUAGACGAUGGACUGAAGUACACUUUUCUCCAGUUUGAUCCAGCACCACGUCGGGGGGAACCACUUGUUACCCGCCGUAUACCAGACUAUUUUAUGUAGGAUCAGCGAGAGAACACUUAUACAUUGAACUCUGUAACAUUUUUCUCAAUUGUUGUUUAUACUCCGUGAAUUUACCGCAAAAAAG